AUGGACGCGUUUGUUGCGCACGUCUUCGCCGAGCGCGAUACCUUUUCGUUCAGCGCGUCCGUGCCAACGCGCUGGCUGGUCUGGCUGCGGCCGUCCACGAGCAGCCCGUUGGCCAUGACGCUCUUGGUCUGCGUUGGCGUCGACGGCGCGACCAAGUGCUUUGAGAAGCAGCUUCUGGCGACCGAGCUUCAAGCCCAUAUGCAAGAGCUGGGUGUCAAUGGCGAUCUCGGCAUGUUUGCUGCGCCCUUCAAGACGGCGCUCGAGUCGGCGGCGAACGUGAGCGUGAGUGUCGAAGACAACGGCAGCGCGUGCGUCAACAUCACAUACCUCUUUGGUCCGUCCUUGCUUCGCCGAGGGCACUUUCUCGUCGAUGCGGGGCAAGCUCUACCGGACACAGCCUACACGCUGCUUGUCGACCUGCAUGGCCUUCGGACCGAGAGCGCCGAGGACACUCGUCUUCGUCGGAUGCGACGGUCGGCCUUGCUGCAGCCGACCACCGCCUCAGCACCUCUCAGCUUCACCACGGCGCCAGCCACCACAAGCUCGACGUCGACCGUGCCCAACCCACUCAAGCGCAAGGCAGCGCUGCCCAUGGGCGCGAGGUAUGCAUCGUGUCUGCAUCAACACACAUGCAAAUGGUUUUUCAUUUAG